GUUUUACUUUAUUAUCACUGUUCCUUAGUGCUGUCUUCAUUUCUUUUGACUGAUAUUCUUAACUUUUGUCUACAACACAGGAUGAUGGUCCUAUAUACCUUAUCUUUUUUCACAUUUAUUCAAAUUUAGAUAGUGAGGAAAACCAGUUAUUUACCUAAACUUUUAAUCUACUCUACUUUGACUAGUCUUUGAUAUUACUGUGAGUUGAUUGUAACAUGUCUGAAUAGUAUAGUAUAACAAUCAUUAAAUUGUCUUAUUUUUAUAUUUCAUGAUAUAAACGAAAAUUUGAUUAAAUCAUUUUAGUUUGGUGUAGAAAAUUAGCUUCAUGGCUGUCCAGUACUACUCUGUGCCAAUCAAAAGUGGAACAUCCUUCUUUAGGAGAAGAUUUUCCAUGGCUGUCCUUGUUGAUAAUUAUUCUAUAAUCACCCCCUUCUUAUUAUUAUUGUUCCUUAAUAAUAUUACAAGUAGCUAUGCAAAAUCAUCAAAUCCUCAUUAUUGUCCACCCUCUUCUUGUGAUAAUUAUAUCAUCAACAUUACAAGUCCUUUCAGACUCAACACAGAUCCAAAACACUGUGGCUACCCACAAUAUGAGCUUUCUUGCGAUAACAAUCUUACUGUAAUACACUCCAAAAAUAAUGUGAAAUUCUUGGUGAGGUCAAUCAAUUACGGGAAUAACACCAUUAGAAUUGCAGACUCCAAACUUGACAAGAACAACUAUUGUUCCUUCCCAAAUAACUUUCAAUUGUUAGAAGAUUGGAUCGGUGAUUUGAGUUCUUACAGGAACCAUUCGGGAGAGAAUGUCGAACUCACAAAGCAAAUAGUAUUCUUGAAAUGUGAGAAUCCACUCCCAGCAGUAGUAGUAGUGAAUAAUAAUUAUAUAGACACUGCUCCUUACUGCAAUGGUUCUAAUUAUUAUGUGGUGGAUGGUGGGUUUAGUGUUUCCGAUAUGGCGAUCGGGUGCAAAACAGAGCUAAGCAGUAGCAUAUCAAAUGAGGUAGUGGUGAAUAAGAGGAAUACAUCUUAUUUCGACAUUCACAACCACCUUGCUCAUGGCUUUGAGCUUUCAUGGUUGGAAACAGAAUUGUAUAAGAGAAAAUAUAACUGCUCCAUCGAUUAUUCCAACGAGUGGCGAUGUGGUGAUACGAGCACUGAAAGUGAAAGCAUUGUUAGAAGAAUUGUUGACAUAAUAAUGAUGUACUCUAAAGCUGCAUAUGAUGUGCUUGUAGCACAUGCGGUACUAAAAUUUAUAUUUGGAACUCCAUUUGUAGUUUAUUUUUUAAACUAUAAAUGGCAAAGGCGACAUUUAUCAGUGUAUAAUUCUAUUGAGGAAUUCCUUCACACUCAAAAUAAUCUUAGUCCUAUAAGAUACUCAUUUAGAGAAAUAGAGAAGAUGACCCAAAACUUCAACAAUAAAUUAGGUGAAGGAGGUUAUGGUUCUGUGUUCAAAGGAAAGCUUCGUAGUGGUCGUUUUGUUGCGGUGAAGAUAUUGAGUAAAUCCAAAGGAAAUGGACAAGAUUUCAUCAAUGAAAUUUCUACAAUUGGAACAAUUCAUCAUGUCAAUGUCGUUCGUUUGAUAGGAUUUUGUGUCCAUUCCUCGAAUCACGCUCUCGUGUAUGAUUUCAUGUCCAAUGGAUCUCUAGAAAAAUAUAUUUUUUCUCACGAAGGAAUUGCCUCUUUAAGUUGCAAGCAAAUUUUUGAAAUUUCGCUUGGUGUGGCACGUGGAAUUGAAUAUUUGCAUCAAGGAUGUCACAUGCAAAUUUUACACUUUGAUAUUAAGCCUCACAACAUUCUUUUGGAUGAAAAUUUUAAUCCAAAAGUUUCUGAUUUUGGGUUAGCAAGAUUAUGCCCGUUGGAUAAUCAGAAUUUGUCCUUAACUGCAGCAAGAGGAACAUUAGGAUACAUAGCUCCAGAACUAUUUUACAAAAAUAUUGGAAGAGUUUCUAAUAAGGCCGAUGUGUAUAGUUUUGGAAUGUUAUUGAUGGAGAUGGUAGGUAAAAGGAAAAAUAUAAAAGCCGAUGCUGAAAAUACUAGCCAAAUUUACUUUCCUUCUUGGGUGCAUGAUCAACUAAGUGAAGGAAAAAAUAUAGACAUAGAAACAACACUUACAAAUGAGGAAAAUUCAAAAGUUAUGAAGAAGAUGAUUAUAGUAGCAUUAUGGUGUAUACAACUGAAGCCAAGUGAUCGCCCUACAAUGAACAAAGUUAUAGAAUUACUUGAAGGAGAAGUUGAUUGUCUACAAAUACCUCCUAAGCCUUCUCUAUAUCAGCUAGACAAGCCUAGAGAACUUGUCCAAGAGGCAUCAUGUUCAAUGAAUUCAACAAUACCAUCAUUAACACUACCAAGAUAAGUUCAGACCUACAUCUUCGCAGAUUUUAGUUGGUGAUAUAUGACAAUAAAUAAUGGACUUGAUAUAAAUCCAAACCUAAUUAUUGUGAGUUACUUUUUUCUUGUGUGUUGUUUUGUUUCAGUUUUUGUGAUUUAAUUUUGAGAGGUCAUCAAUGGAAAGGAUUUUUCUUCAUGAUUAUAUAUGAUUAUUUUUAUUCAU